CCGUCCGAUUAGUUGUAAAUAGAAAGGGUGGCGUCCUGCGCGCGGUUGGUACGGUCGGCGGGGACGCGGGCCGCCGCGGCGGGCGCUCAAGUUUCCCGGGCCGGGGCCGCGGGGCCUGCUGGGAAGGCGCCGAGGGCCGUUGUCCGCCGGGCCGGCGGCGGCCGCGCGUGGGCUGCGACAUGCAGAGCACAGACCUGGGCAACAAGGAGAGCGGCAAGAUAUGGCACCGCAAGCCGUCCCCGGGCACUCGGGACGGGCAGGCAUUCACUCAUCCACUGUUUGAUCGCACCUAAUGUGUGCCAAGCCUCUGAGCGCGGAGGGACAGCUGUGGAGCAAAGCAAACUUCUGGUUCUCUUGGACUUUGCGUAUUACCGCGUAUCGUGGUGAUGAGUGGUGGAGGAAGGGGUUACGGUUUUCAAGAAUCAUAGUGAACAUCAUUCACAACACCUCUGAUUAUCUUCCCAAAGUUUUACGAUUUUUGAAUGUGGCUUUUGAUAGCUCGGGUGAUUCUUUCAUUGCUGGGGACCAUCAAGGAAAUAUCUAUGUUUUUGACUUGUAUGGAAACAGGUUUAAUCUUGUUCAGCGAACAUCACAAGCUUGCACAGCUCUGGCCUUUAAUCUUCAUAGGAAGUCUGAAUUCCUUGUGGCAUUAGCUGAUUAUUCUGUUAAAUGUUUCGAUACAGUCACCAAGGAGCUGGUUAGCUGGAUGCGAGGACAUGAGUCAUCAGUGCUUUCCAUUUCUGUGCACGCAUCCGGGAGAUACGCCAUCACUACUUCUUCUGACACAGCACAGCUAUGGGACUUGGAUACCUUCCAAAGAAAAAGAAAGCUAAAUAUUCUCCAGUCUGUGGGUAUACAAAAGGUUUUCUUUCUACCAUUAAGUAAUACCAUCCUCAGCUGUUUUAAAGAUAAUUCCAUCUUCGCCUGGGAAUGUGAUACUCUUGUUUGCAAAUAUCAGUUGCCAGCUCCACCUGAAAGCUCUAGUAUAUUAUAUAAAGUGUUUGCUGUGACCAGAGAUGGCCGAAUCCUGGCUGCCGGGGGCAAAUCAAAUCAUCUUCACUUGUGGUGCUUGGAAGCUAAACAGCUAUUUAGAAUUAUCCAGAUGCCCACCAAAGUUCGAGCCAUUCGCCACCUAGAAUUUCUUCCUGAUAGCUUUGAUGCUGGCUCUUAUCAGGUUCUUGGAGUGCUAAGUCAGGAUGGUAUUAUGAGAUUUGUUAAUAUACAGACUUGUAAACUUCUCUUUGAAAUUGGGAGCCUCGACGAAGGAAUUAGUUCAUCAGCAAUUAGCCCACAUGGACGGUAUAUUGCAUCUAUUAUGGAAAAUGGAAGUCUGAACGUAUAUUCAGUUCAGACUUUAACAAAAGAAAUAAAUAAGCCACCUCCUCCUCUAGUGAAAGUGAUUGAAGAUUUGCCUAAGAGGGAAGUGGAUUCUGGUGACCUUAAGAGGAAAGUGACGUCAGGAAGAGUACCGCGGCCAGCAAAAUCAAGGCAAAACAAAAUACAAACUAGAAUAUUCAAACAAGACCUGACUGGUAAUUUUGAAAAUAAAGAGAAUGAGUUGUCAGAUGGAUUAAACAAAAAGCGUUUACAAAUCUUAUUAAAAGGCUAUGGUGAAUAUCCAGCGAAAUACAGAAUGUUCAUCUGGCGCUCUCUGCUACAGCUGCCUGAAAACCAUACUGCAUUUAGUAACCUUAUAGAUAAAGGUAUUCAUGUGGCAUUUCUCAACCUUCAGAAGAAAUACCCCAUCAAAAGUAGGAAACUACUCAGAGUAUUACAGAGAACGCUGUCUGCAUUAGCUCACUGGUCCACCAUCUUUAGCGACACACCAUAUCUCCCACUCCUGGCAUUUCCGUUUGUAAAAUUAUUCCAGAACAACCAGCUCAUCUGUUUUGAAGUUGUUGCUACUCUUAUAAUCAAUUGGUGUCAACACUGGUUUGAAUAUUUCCCUAAUCCUCCCAUCAAUAUUCUUAGCAUGAUAGAAAAUGUUUUGGCAUUUCAUGACAAGGAACUCCUGCAGCACUUCAUAAAUCACGAUGUAACUUCCCAGCUGUAUGCAUGGCCUCUUCUUGAAACUGUGUUCUCAGAAGUACUGACCAGAGAGGAGUGGCUAAAAUUAUUCGAUAAUGUCUUUUCCAGUCGUCCCUCCUUCCUCCUGAUGACAGUCGUGGCCUACAACAUAUGCUCCAGAGCUCCUCUGCUCAGCUGUAAUCUGAAGGAUGAUUUUGAGUAUUUUUUUCACCAUCGGAAUAACCUGGAUAUAAGUGCUGUAAUUAGAGAAGUUUAUCAUCUCAUGGAUGCCACACCCACUGAUAUUCAUCCAGACAGCAUGCUUGAUGUUUUUGUGGCACUGACAAAAGGGCAAUACCCAGUAUUUAAUCAAUAUCCAAAGUUUAUUGUGGACUAUCAGACCCAGGAACGGGAAAGAAUAAGGAAUGAUGAAUUGGAUUACUUAAGAGAGAGGCAGGCAGUUGAAGACAUGCAAGCUGAAGUAGACCAGCAAAGAGUUGAAGAUGACGCUUGGUACCAAAAACAGGAACUGCUUCGUAAAGCUGAAGAAACAAGGAGAGAAAUGCUCUUACAAGAGGAGGAGAAGAUGAUACAGCAAAGACAGAGACUAGCUGCUGUGAAAAGAGAGUUGAAAGUAAAGGAAAUGCACUUACAAGAUGCUGCAAGAAGGCGUCUACUGCAGCUUCAGCAAGAUCAACAUGAAAUGGAGCUAAGAAGAAUGGAUGAUGAACUUGAGAGAAAGGUACAUAUGAGAGAUCGAGAAAUUGCUGCCACGGCCAAAGACCUAGAAAUGAGACGCCUGGAACUUGAAUCACAAAAAAGACUUUACGAGAAGAAUCUCACUAGAAAUCAAGAAGCUAUUGCAAAAGAAGUGAGAGAAGAUGCAGAUGCCUAUAGACAAAAAGUGGAUCUUGAAGAACACAUGUUUCAUAGACUGAUAGGAACAGAUCAAACUCAGAACCAGAAAACUCAGAAGUUAAUUGAAGAAAACUUGGCAAAAGCUGAAGAAGCAUGUCUAAAUACCGACUGGCGAAUUCAAGCUUUACAUAGACAAAGAUGCAGUGAUCUACACCAAAAUGAAUGUUACCAGGAAAUAGCCAAACUCCUUCAGAAAAACAGAAAAAAAGAAAUGGAAGUAUUAAAUGCAAUGAUGGAGGGGGAAACUAAAAAGUGGCAGGAAGCUGAAGAAAAAGACUUUCAUUUGAAAUCAGAAAAGAAAGCUGCUGCUCUUUCAGAUGCAUCUAGAAGGUGGUUCCUAGAGAAGGAGACACAUGAUGCGUUAGAGCACACUCACCAUGCAUAUAAUAAAGGAAGAGUGGGCUGCAGAGGUUGGGCUGUUGGAAAAGAAAAAAAAGCUUCAAUCAAGAAAAAUUUCUCAGCCAUCCUAUAGAAUUGUUUUAUUCCAUGCUUCAUGGUCCUUGGCAUCCCCUUAAUGUACUAGAAUAUGAUUUGUUCCCAAAGUGCUGUGUAUCUAGUUAAUUUUAGUAAAAAUGUGUGUUUGCCAAUAGCUGGUCCUCAGAACAACUGUAGGUAGCACAAGGAAACUUAUUAUAGGAUCUAAUCAAACAUUAGGUUUUGGUGCAAGGCUUACAGUGACAUUCAAUGAAAAAAAUCAAAAUUAUAAUUUAAAAUUCUUGGGAAUUCCCUGACAGUUCAGUGGUUAGGACUCAGUGCUUUCAGUGCCAUGGCCUGGGUUCAAUCCCUGGCCGGGGAACUAAGAUCCCAUAAACCACAAGGCACAGCCAAAAAUAAUAAUAAUAAUUUAAAAUUCUAAAAUAGAGUACAGAUACAGGGAAAUUGUAUUUUACUGUAUAGCUUGUAUUGUUUGUCUUUUA